UUUGAAUUAUUUUUUUAUUUACAAUCUAAGGUUGGGAGACCUCUGGGAAGCUAGCAGCAAAACACGAUAUUGAGAAGUUAUAACGUUCAGACGUUACGGUCGAAUUGGCGCAUUAUACUGUAGUCUGCAAGAAUGGCAAUUGCAAUACUCGGUGAUGCAGAAAAGCGCUUUAUAAUUCAUGGAAUACAAGAGGAUUUGCGGAAUGAUGGACGAGGUUGUGAAGAUUACAGACACAUUGAUUUGGAAGUAAAUCUUGUUUCUAACACGAAUGGAUCUAGCAGACUGAGAAUUGGGAAUACAGAACUUCUUGUCGGCGUGAAACUUGAUCUCGAAAUGCCACUGGCAAAUUCUCCUGACCAAGGAUUGGUGGACUUUAACAUUGACUGCUCCCCAAAUGCCACACCACAGUUCCAAGGUAGGGGCGGUGAAGAUCUUGCCGCAACCAUAAAAAGUUUACUAACAAGAGCCUAUAACAAUAAUCUUGUGUUAGACCUCAAAAGUUUAUGUAUUGUGCCUGGGAAAAACUGCUGGUCAGUGCAUGUUGACGUUCUCAUAUUGGAAUGUGGCGGCAAUCUUCUUGAUGCAGUGUCGAUCGCAGUAUUCGCUGCUUUGUUUGACACAUCCAUCCCAAAACUGGGAGUGACUGAAGGUGAUGAGGGGGAGGUGGAAAUUAACUUGCCAGAUGAUCCAUUGGACAGUAUCCCCAUGAAUGUGACUAAUUGUCCAGUUUUUGUAACUUUGUCAAAAGCUGGUCAGAGAUAUAUUAUCGACGCCACAGCCGAGGAGGAAGCAUGUUGUUUGGCAAGUGUCAUUUUAUCAAUUAUGAAAGAUGGCCGCUGUACAGCUCUGCGUAAAGACGGCUCUGGUAGCCUGGACCCACAGAGUAUUAGCGAAAUGCUAGAUGUGGGAAAGAGAGUAGGAAUAAAUUUGCAUAAAUGUAUUUUGAAGUUUCUUAAAAACAUGCCAGCUGUGAAAUUUAAUGACAAAACUGGUUUCCUUUGACUAAAACAAUCUUCCCCGAUGCUAAUGUUUACCCAUAAAUAUUACCUAAAAUUAUAUUAGC